UUAUCUUAACCCCACUGAUCAAGAGUAACAGAACCAGCGAAGCACUAUCUGCAUCAAGGAGAACGAUUACAGAAACGAUCCAGUGAUACUAUGGCUCCAUGGAGGACCGGGACUAAGUUCUAUGGUAGCUUUGUUUGUACAAAACGGUCCCUUUAAAUUAACUAGCAACAAUAGCGUACAAUUUCGACAAGAAUCCUGGACCAAAAAUCAUUCCGUUCUAUAUAUUGACAAUCCUGUUGGAACUGGAUUCAGUUUUACCCAAGAUGAUGCUGGAUUUGUUCGUGACGGAAACUCAACGGGGGCAGACAUCUACGAAGCAUUGGUGCAAUUCUUCAAACUGUUUCCUGAACUUCGGAAGAACAAAUUUUUCAUGGCCGGCGAAUCUUAUGCUGGAAAAUUUAUUCCAGCUGUAAGUCACGUUAUACUGGAAAAAAAUCCCAAAGCUGAAGUCCCAAUUAAUCUCGUUGGAGUGGUAAUUGGUGGUGCCAUCUGUGAUCCAGUCAAUCAGCUGUACUACGAUGAGUAUUUAUACCAGAUAGGACUGAUUGACCUGAACGGUAAGACACAAUUUAGAGAACAGGAAGAAGAAAUAAUUUCUUUAAUAAAAAACGAACAGUGGUCUCAAGCAUUGGAUGCAUAUCGUCUACUUAUCAAUGCCAAUCUGACCACGGCAACUCUGUUUAUGAAUCUAACCGGCUUUACUAGCACCUUUAACUACUUGGUUCCAAACAAUACAGGAUUGCUAAGCGAAAUAGGUCGUCUCAGUCAAUACCUACAAAAUCCAAACGUCAAAAAUGCAAUCCAUGUGGGUAAUUCUAGUUUUAAUAUCAUUAACAACACCGUUCAACUGAAACUAACGGAUGACUAUAUGAAAUCUAUCGCACCUUGGUUGAGUGAGCUGAUGGACAACGUGCAAGUUCUAAUUUACAGUGGACAAUUGGACAUCUUAUUUCCGUACAGUCUUGUGGAGAAUUACCUGAGACAGUUGACAUUCAAAGAUGUACAAUUGUACAAAAACGCAAAAAGGGAAAUAUGGCUUGUUGAUAACGAGGUGGCCGGAUACAAAAAACACGCGGGAAAGUUUACAGAAGUUUUGGUCAGAAACGCCGGUCAUCUGUCUAUAGUGGAUCAACCUAAAUGGUUACUUAACCUAAUUAUGAACUUUACACAUUCGUAAAUAUGUUUGAAAUUUUAUAAUUUCUAUUCAAAAACAUAAUUGCAAACAGUAUUGCAAUGAAGUUUAAACGUUAGUAAUAAUUGUAACUGUAAGUAUUCGGUUAUACGUAAAUAAGUGGCAGAAUUAAUAUGCUAGUUGUUGGAUCGUAUAGUCCAAAUAAACGCAAAGAUCCAUACGUUUCGUUGACAACUGCCGCCGACAUCUUCAGAGGA